GAGUCGAUUGCCUGGAGCGAAGGAUGACUGGCGGCGGCGACAACAACAUGGAAAUGGCAAACGACUCCAGUCUGUCCGUGGCGGAUAUCGAACACACGACCGCAAGCGAGGACACCAAUUACAACAAUGAAGGGUCUCAGCUGCCAGGUGGUCAUGUGGGCUGGGUCCACGAGGAAAUGGUGGGGUUCGCAAUCAUCGGCAUUGGUGCGACAAAGAGUAUGAUCGGCAUGGACCUAACGAUGGCCAUCCAGGACAACGUCUUGCAGGUGACGGGCCAGGACCAGGUACAGAUGGACUACUCGAAGAAGACGACGUUCACGUAUACAGGCGGCGAGAAAAG